AUAUUACCGCCUUGAAUUUAUGGCAUAUUUAUCUGUUUGUAUCUCCAUCAAAACAAUAAAGUUGACAUAACAAGUUGUUCACUAAUAUUUGAAGUUAUCAUAUUUUUGACUUAUUUAUUUAUAUGGCAGGUGUUAAAAUUAAUGUCGAAUAUUGUGGUGGAUGUGGCCAUCGAAAACAAUUUUUAGAACUUGCAGAAUUAUUGAAACAAGGUGUACCAGAAGUUCAAAUAUCAGGAGCUCCUGGAAGACAAGGCUCUUUUGAAGUAACAAUAAAUGACGAACUAGUUUAUUCAAAGCGUCAAACAAUGGCAUUUCCAAGAUUUUCAGAAGUGAUUGAUGUAGUGAAAGAAGUUUCAGAAGGACAAAAACCAAGACAAAUAACUAAACAACAGCCUAUAAAUUGUGUUUUAUCAUGAUGAAUAUUAUAUUUUAUCAGGUAUUAUUUUGUAUCUUUAUUUAUUUUUAUCACAAAAAUUAGUCGCAUAACAAUACAAGCUGUAAAUAAUUAUUUAAUUCAUGCAAUGAAAAUAUAUUUCUUUUUAGCAAAUAU